GUCUUCUCAAAGGAAAUCCAUAACAAGGCAGAGUCUGACCAGAAAUCCAUCUAUGUGGGCAACGUAAGUGGGAAAGCCUGGAGCGGACCCCAUCUUCCCUGCUCCUGGUCCAGUUGGACAUAUGCCUGAGAUCCCUCACACAGGGUACAUCCACCCCGCAGUGAAGGCUGGCUGGUUCGAUCCCAAAUGCUUCUCCUCUGCCCAGCCCAGACUGGGAUUGUGGCUCAGCAUCUCCUUGUGGUUUCCAACCACUUGCAGAUAAUCUGUUGUGUCAGCUCCCCAAAAUGUCCUGCUGGAAGCUGCGGGGUUUGUGUUGUUGCUUGUGCCCCCAAAGCCAGGGGAGCUGUCUCUUGGGUUUGGGUUUCCAGGCUGGAGCCUUCAGCUGGAAGGGACCUUCUGAACCUCAGGAGAUGGUGCGAGAAGGGUCAGCUGGGUCCUUAGUCUCGGUGAUGGUGUGUGAAUGUAGACCCAUAGGCUAUGGGGGGCUGGCUGGUGGCACUGGAGGAGUUGAGACUGUCUUUGCAGCUGGAUUAUGGGGCCACGGCGGAAGAGCUGGAGUCUUUCUUCCUUUGCUGCGGGAAGAUCAAAAGAGUGACCAUCAUCUGCGACAGGUUCUCGGGGUACCCCAAAGGGUAUGCCUACAUCGAGUUUGAAGAGCAGAGCUCUGUGAAGACUGCAAUGUCGCUGAACAGGAUCUUGUUCAGAGGCCGUGUGAUUAAGGUACUCCCCAAAAGAACCAACUUGCCAGGCAUCAGCACCACCAACCGUGGCGGUUACCAGGGCCACUUCCGAGCCUGCAGACGGACGACCGAGUGGGAAUCCUGCUAUGGAAAGCAGUACACAAGCGCAUGA